UGACCGGAAGUACCCGUUUUUUUCCUGGACGGAAAGCAGCAGUCAGAUAAGUUAAGUUAACGUUAUAGUAGUUUGUGCAGCGUUGUGGAACAGUUUUAUAUGUGUGUUUCGGUCUGUUUGUUAUUUUCAUCAAACCGCUCAGUCAACUCGGCUCUAACGUUAGCUCACUGUAACGUUUCCGUUAUUUAACGUUGUAACGUGACGUUGGACAGGAAGGCUCGUUAACUUACCGUUAGCACUGAAGUUAACGUCAAAUAACGGAACAGCCAGUUAGCUGACGCCAGUUGUCCCAGCGCCGAGGCCCGGAUCCAGCGACUGAAGACGGUCUUUAUAAUUAGUUAAUGUUAAUGUUAGUCUCUCCUGGAGGUCUUUGAGUUGGCGCGUUGCUGUGCGCCCCUCGAUACUGUGUCAGGAUCACUGUUAGCAACAUUUGAGUGCGGCUAGCUGAGCUCAGUUGUUGCUCAGAGAGAGAGAAAACGAGACGUCGUGUUCAAAACUGGCAACGCUUUCGCUUUUAAAGUUGAUUUUUCCGUUGUGAUGAAGUAGCUGCGGGGCGGUGCAGCUGCUAUGGUGUCUGCGAUACUGCUGCACCUGCCAAGUUGAACGACUGACAGUGAGACCCCCUGGUCCAACAUGAAGGCCCUCGGAUCCAGAUUCUCCUUCUAUGCCGGUUUCGUGGUGGGGACCUUCACACUGUACGUGUUUCUGCGGCAGGUUUGGUUUGAGAGGACUUUGUCAGCACAGCAGGCCACCAGCCUGGACAAACUUCAUGACUACCAGCAGCAGCUUGAGGAAGAAGUGUGGAAGAAGGAGAGGUCUGCUCUCUUCAACCUGAAGCACCCUCAUCUCACAGGUGAGGAUAGCCGCAUGGCUGAUGAACUCUACAAAAAAGUGCGCAUUCUUUGCUGGGUGAUGACUGGACCCAACAACCUGGAGAAGAAGGCUCGGCACGUGAAGUCCACUUGGAGUCGCCACUGCAAUAUUGUGGUCUUCAUGAGCUCUGUGGAGGACCCCGACUUCCCCACAGUGGGCUUGGGCACAAAGGAGGGUCGGGACCAGCUGUACUGGAAAACGAUCCGGGCCUUCCAUUAUGCCUAUGAGCAUCAUGUCCAUGAGGCCGAUUGGUUCCUCAAGGCAGAUGACGACACCUAUGUAAUCGUAGACAACCUGCGCUGGGUUCUUGCGAACCACACGCCGGACGAGCCGAUUUACUUUGGCCGAAGAUUCAAACCCUACACCAAGCAGGGCUACAUGAGUGGUGGUGCCGGCUACGUGCUGAGCAGAGAGGCUCUGCGGCGGUUUGUAGAAGGAUUUAAAAACAAACUGUGCACGCACACUACCUCUGUAGAAGACCUUGCAAUGGGGCAGUGCAUGGAGAAGGUCGGGGUGCUGGCCGGUGACUCCAGAGACACUGUGCAGAGGGAAACAUUUCACCCAUUUGUGCCCGAGCAGCACCUCACUGCCAAGUUUCCCAAAAGCUUCUGGUAUUGGAGCUACUGCUACUACCCCAUCUCAGAGGGACCAAACUGCUGCUCGGAUGUGUCCGUGUCUUUCCACUAUGUAGGUGCUUCACAUAUGUAUUUAUUGGAGUACUACACCUAUCACCUACGUGCCUUUGGAUACAGAUACCGUUACCAGCCCCCCACUCCACUAGGCUCCGUUAUUAAACAGAUGAGUUCCGGAGACACUGCAGAAGGAAAAAAAGAGCUGGUUUCUCAGGAGAAAGGCCAAGGAGAGGGGGAUGAAUCAUCCAGGAAGGACAAGAGACAGGAUGGAGAUCCCCCUCCUGCAGCUGGUGAAGACCCUCCUGUUGCUCCAGCAGGCAAAUAACUGUAGGACUGUGUGAGUGUGACAGGAACUGAUCAUUAUCUAGGUCCAAGGUGUGAUUUGAGUGCUUGCUUUUUCAUUCUGUUAGUUUUGGCUCUUAUUUCUACAAGAGUAGACAAACAGCCCACUUUGAUUUGAAUUGUUCCCACAUACAAGUGUAUUGCCUGGGGCUUGUCCAACUGAAGGACUUUUACAAACACUGACUGUAAGACUGAUGGGUGAAUUAUGACUAACCUUUGUUUUUCUUUUUGUUUUUAACAACUGUGUGUCUUCUUUAGAAGUUGGGAACAGCUUUCUGUAAGCUGCAUUCAUUUGAACUAUGCUUUGAACUAAAGCACCUUUUUAAUCCAUUUCAACCUAGAAUGGGAACCAGGUAUUAUCCAGAGUUAAAUUGGAGUUUGCGACGUUAUAUUCUUUUUCUUGACUAUUGCAAGCCCACCAAAAGUUGAUCUACCGCUCUCUACAUAAGCCAGUAGUGGUUGAUCUGUUGGACCUGUUGGACUUGUUUGACUUCAUUUCACACAUGGAUAGACGUAGAUAACUGAAGGCCAGUGAAACCCAAUAAUGCUUCCUGGGCUUAGAGAGCUUUUAGCUGAAAAAGAAGCACUAAUAAUAAUAAUAUUAUCAUUAGGUUUGCUGCCUCCCAAACUUGAUUCAGGCUGCAUUUAAAAUCAUUUUCUCAAUACAGACAAAUGUAAUGUAACCUCCACGUUCUGUGUAGGAAUUAACUCAUUUUUAUUUAGCUUUAGGGAUCGAAGGGUUAAAGUAACUCAGUGAAACCUCUCAGUUGGCUUGGAUGUAGUGCUGUCAGUCAGUCUUGACGAGGAAUAGUAGCAUACAGUCAGAGGUUCCGCUGGUCCCCAGUUGAAAAACUGUUCAACGUGUGUGGCUUAUGCUGGCGGUAAUACUUCAAUAUAAUGAACAGAGUGCACAGAGAAGAGUCUGCUAGGGAAGAGGAACUCUUUCUCCCUGCAGCAUUUGAGGAACUUCGCCAUGCAGAUUCAGACAUUAUAGCAAAUCCGUAACUAAAACACUGGGAGGGGGUAUAAUGAAAGCUCUGCAUCUCUGUUGUGGAGGAUAAAGGAUUUCAGCAUACGAUUAGUAUUGUGGCCAUUUUUAUAUAAAAGUAACAAAGCAUAAUGUUUUGCACAAAUAAGAAAACCUUUUAAUUAAGAUUUGACAAUGACAAAGUGUCUACGUUCUUUAAAUUACUGGCCAGAAUAUUCAGCAAAGUAAAUGUGAUCCUGUUUUCAGCCAGGAUCUUGCAGCCUUAACCAAGUGUUAGUGGAGUGGAAAAAGCAAAUAGACCAAUAUCCUUGUCAGAAAAACCAAACCAGACGUACAAUUACAUUCGGGAUGUAGCUUUUCGACCAUGAAGCUUGGAUCCGUCUGAUGGAUCCUCCCUCUACACACACCUGUAGCUGAGUUUGACAAAUGUCUUUGUUUGUUUUGGCACAUGCCUAUCUGCACCUGUAUUUCCUGAAGCUGACACUGGAAACACACAGUUCCUAUCAUUGUUCCCCAGUGAACUCAUUAGCUUGUGCCUUGUAAAUUGAGAUUGUAUGAGCCAUCAGCUGCACACAUGACUUUCCACUGUGACGUUACCAUGUUGAGAGUAAUGCUUUCAGAUGUAGUCUAAUUUUAUUGAAUCCCUCCAAUGUAUUUAGUAUGGCCUUUGAGUAAGCCAGUGGAUGACUUGUUCAUGACUAGAAUUUCAUUUUCUACAGUGUUGUUUAAUUUUUAAAUGCUUGGUGGGCCAGUCUUUCUUUUGUAAUUAGUAAAUUGUGGGUAUUUAAAAGUAUUCAUAACUGUUCUGUUAUUACUUUGUAACCGACAAAGAAUUAAUUUUGUUGGCGUUACAGUUGUUACCAAAUACAAAAAAGUGGCUUCAGGAAUGAGGCAGGAUUCACUGACGAUUCACAAUUGCAUGCACUUUUUAGUCUUAGAAGUGCUGUUUUUCUUUUGAACCACUUAAUUGUUUUAUUCAAAUGUAUGAGGUAACUCAUGCCUAUCAAAAAUGUUUGUAAGUGAGCACAGAGAGCAUGCUCCAUUUGUUUUGUCUUCUAUUAAAAAUGGAAAAGUCCAGUUUAAACCAAAUCUGCAUGUUUUACAUAACGGUUUCUUUUGUAAUUAAUGAUGUGAAAUCUUCGCAUUAGUGAAUUACCAGUCUUUCACGCAGAUUCUUACUGUCAGUGGAUCGAAGUCUUGAGGGCCCAAACACUUUGUUGAUAACCAGUGACCACACAUCAAGUCCUUGACAAUCUCCUCCCAACUUUAACAUUUUAUCAAAGGGAAAGGUGUACAGUACUGUAUUUAUAUUUGAAAUGUAUUUAUGUUGGUAUUGAUGUUUAAAUUGAGUCGAUACGCUUUGGUGUGUAAAUGAGUUUGUGAGAGUGUGUGAGCACACUUGAUCAGUGUGCAGGAUCGUUUUCAAUGAAUGGUACUUUAAUCACUAUAAAUAAAUGCAUAUUUUAUUGUA